AUGAUUGCGUAUCCAGAGGGUCAUCGUAAAAUUAGUGGGUUGAGCCCGAAUGCGAAGCAGGUUGUGCGUGACAUGACGAAUUCUAAGGUUGCACCGCGUAACAUCAUGGCGACUAUUGCGGAGCAAUUUCCUGAUGAUCAUCCAAACAUCAGACACAUCUACAACUGCCAGAAUGACUUCAGAGAGGAGAUGUCUGAUGGGAGAGGAGUUGUUCAGCAAUUUCUACAUUUGGCGAGACAGAGUCAGUAUGUUUACUGGGUCAUGUCCGAUGAUGAAGGCGUUUUACAGCACGCCUUUAUGGCGCAUCUAGUCAUGGUAGACAUCCUGCGGACGUACCCCUAUGUGAUCGGUAUGGAUUCCACUUACAAGACUAACCGAUACGGGAUGCCGUUCUUUGAGAUAGUUAGCGUGACACCGACAAAUCAGAAUUUUCUUGUCGCUUACUUGUUCAUGCGCAACGAGAGCACGGCAAGCUAUCGAUGGGUUUUGCAGAGGUUGAGAGACGUGAUUGGGUAUGAUAAGGAGCUCGGUUUUCUUGACAGACCGUGA